AUGGCUAGCGAUGAUGAACGCAGCCCUCGCCCGAGGAAGCGCCUUGUGCAGCGCAAGCAGUCAUAUGACCGCUCCCCUGAUCGCAAUGGCAGCAGGACCUCCCGCCGCGACGAACCCGAUCUCGAUCAACUGCCCCAGCCCUACGACGCCAAGAAGCUCGAGCCUGCUAAGAAGCGCCAACGAUCUCGAUCGCCCUCCGACGCACCACGCAAGCAGAAGCGCCCGGGCAGAGUAGCUCGUCUGUCUUCCCGAGAGCGCGACGAAGCAAAGAGACGUCAAGAAGACCGCGAAAGGGCCGCUGCCCAAGCUGCUGAACACGCCGCCAGAGGUGCCAUUAACGAUGUCGUACGGCAGCACUACAACGCAGUUCCCGAAAGAGGCCGCGACUGGCGCAAGACAGACAGUAACAUCAAAGGCUUGAGGUCUUUCAACAACUGGGUCAAGAGCACCAUCAUUCAAAAGUUCUCUCCCGACGAGGAUCACACCCCUGGUGCUCACGAACAAGGCAGGGACCUGGUUGGUGUGGGUGGGAAGGAGCUGUUGGUUCUCGAUCUGGGUUGUGGAAAGGGUGGUGACCUGGGCAAGUGGCAGCAGGCUCCCCAGUCAGUCCAGUUAUACGUCGGACUGGAUCCUGCUGAAGUAUCAAUCCAGCAAGCCCUAGACCGCUACCGACAGAUGGGCCAGCGCGGGGGUCGUGGAGGCCGCGGCGGCCACAGAGGCGGACGACAUCAACGGCUCUUCGAGGCCUACUUUUAUCCCAAGGACUGUUUCGGCACGUCCAUUGCUGAUAUUGACAUCAUCCGCGAUGUGGGCUUCGAAUCGUCUAUGGGCUCACGCGGAUUUGACAUUGUCAGUAUGAUGUUCUGCAUGCACUACGCAUUCGAAACCGAAGCGAAAGCUCGUCAGAUGCUCAAGAACGUUUCGGGGGCACUCAAAAAGGGCGGACGCUUGAUCGGCUGUAUACCCAAUUCAGACAUCAUCGGAGAAAAGGUCACCCAGUUCAACGAGCGCAUGGCCGCCAAGAAGGCAGAGGCCGCCGAUGGCGAAGCUCCCCCUUCGGACGACCAUGAGGAAGGUGAAGCAGAGCAGACGGCAGAGUGGGGCAACAAAUAUUACCGAGUACGGUUCCCUGGCAAAACACCCGAGGAUGGCAUAUUCAGACCUCCGUUCGGAUGGAAAUACAACUUCUUCCUCGAUGAGGCCGUGGAGGAGGUGCCCGAGUAUGUAGUACCGUGGGAAGCCUUCCGAGCUCUGGCUGAGGAUUACAACCUGGAACUACAAUGGCACGAGAGCUUCAAGGACAUCUGGGAAAAGGAAAAAGACGACCGCACACUGGGGCCACUCAGCGAAAGAAUGGGUGUGCGCGAGAGAGGUGGUGGUGACCUGCUAGUGUCACCAGAAGAGAUGGAAGUCGCAAAUUUCUACGUGGCUUUCUGCUUCUAUAAGGUCUAG